GUGUCAAAAUUGACGGGUGGCAACUCCGCACGUAGCCCAGCCCUGACACCUCGAACAAAAGGCAUUUUUCGCAUCACGAAAGUAAAAUGUGCGAUUUAACUAAAAACAAUGUGAAUCUAUAAUAAUUAAUAGUGCGUGCUAAAGGGAAAAACUAAAAUUUACAUAAUCGUGUAACAAUUACAAAAAGGCGCGCCAUAAAUUUGCUAACAAAAAUACCACCAAAAAAUCCCGUGCAUCCGGACAAAAAUCGCCUAAAUUACGGUACAACACUUUUUUUCGGGCAAAAUAACGCUGAAAAUCCGGUCAAACAAAUACCGGUACUAACAUUCAAAAAUAUGGACGAAGGCAGCGGCGCCGACCAUGGCAUGGACCUGUCCAAGGUCUCCGUGGUCCGCUCCGCCAAGGGCGUUGAUAUGCUCUGUGUGGACGAUUACCUAUACCAUUUCGAUCGCAUUGGCAAGAACAACACCUACCGAUGGCUCUGCAACCGGCGAAAAGAUAAAGUAACUCCCUGCAAAUCGCGAAUCUGCACCAUUCUACCCAAUGGACUGGACAAGACGAAGCACGUUGUUGUCGAUGUGCCCGUCAACCAUAUCCAUCCCCGAUGCAGUGAUCAUGAGGUUAGCAAGGUGGCCCAGCGCAAGCGUAUCGCUAUUAUGAAGAAGAACGAUGCGUACAGUUCCACACAGCCGAAAAGAGCUCGACUGUAUGAGCGGGCUUCGGGGUCAAUGAGGCCACCCGAAUUGAUUUCAGGCAGCAUUAGUUCCUCCUCUCUGGAAGCUCUCCCCUUUCACGUUGACUUCGAGGAGAAGGACCGUGUGUACAUGCUGCGACGUCGCGAUGGCCGUGUUAUGGUCUGCAUCGAUGGACAUUUAUAUUAUUUGGGCGGCAAGUCAUACAAGGGAGAAAUUUACAGAUGGACAUGCGUCCGGAAGCGGGACAUUGAGUGCACGGCAAAGAUAUGUACGGAGGCCACUUUGGAUGGGGGACAUCGUCUGCAUUUGAUCGAGACGGACUCUCACAUACAUCCACACUACUCGGCCGACAAGCUGAUGACCAUGUUUUCGAAGCACCAAAUCGUUUUGGUCGAGGACGACCAAACCGUUGACGUUCUGCAGGAGUGUCCCAAUAUAGAAUACUUCCAUCCGGAGCAGUCGGCUAUUCAAUUUGACGAUCUCGAUUCGAUGAUUAUUGAGGAUUGUGAGGAGAACUAUGAUGUGUACAUGGACGAUGACCAGAGUGCAGAGAUUUCUGCCGACUUGGAGGAAAUUCAGACUGAAGAGGAACAAACGGUGGAGGAGGUGUCGCCGUCACGGAAACGAAAAACCAGUGGCUCUUGGCCAGCGGCAUACGAUGUCAUUGCAAACUAUGUCCCUCCGCCCGGCUAUAAUCCACUGACAGAAACCGAUUUAACAAAAUUCACAUUUCUUCCAUCGGCCAAAGGCCGCAGAGUUCUAUGUUUGAAUCGAUUCCUGUAUCACUUUGACUCGCAGAGUCGCUCCAACGGCCACAUGUUCUUCACAUGCAUCAUGCGACGCACCAAGCAUCUGACCUGUCACGUGCGCAUCACUUUGAAUCCAGUUGGUCCAAUGGUGCUGCGCAUCAAUGGAAAGCAUACCCACGGCAUAGACCACAAGGAAAUCCAGCGAAGACUUUCACAGCAGGCCAAGCUAGAUCUUGAGAAUCCCCCAGAGCGUCAGCACAAUUUGGUCAAUACAGAGCUGUUCGAAUAUGAAACCGAGGACGAAGGUGAGCAGCAGAGUGCCGAUGGCAGCUACGAGCAACUGGAGAGCCACUUGCAACACGACGAUCAGGAGCCACAGGGAAAUAUUGUAAUGAAAAAGGUAAUCGGUAUCGAUGGCGCCAUCAAAAUGGAACCCACCAACAAGUCAGUGAUGGUUGAAUAUGUUGAAUAUGGUUCGGACGAUAUAAGCUCCAAGGUUGAAAUAGGGACCAAUGUCACCGAACACAGGACCAAUACAUCCACACCGUUGCCCAAGGUACCGCCACAGCCAGAAAUCACGAAUAUACGUCGCCGUCGAGAUGUCGUAGAGCCCGCCAAAACGGAACUCCAUCCGGACAUGGAUUUAACGAAAAUCUGCACUUUACGCUCGGCCAAAGGCAGCGAACUGUUGUGCGUCGAUGGUUAUAUAUAUCAUGCAAAGAACCGUGGCGUUAUAUCCCGAAAUUAUUGGGUCUGCAUCAAGAGUCGCGAUCCGGAGAUCAAUUGCAAGAGUCGCAUAUCCACAGCCACGCAAAAAGAUGGCUCUAUACGUGUCCUACGCGUCUACAACGUUCACACGCAUCCAUUCAGCGAGGCCGACAUCAAGCGGCGCCUGUUCAACGAGAUCAACAAGAAGAACAACAAGAAACUCAAGUUUCGGCCACUCCACUUUAUUGGCAAGUCGUUGGACCAGAUACAACAAGAGUACGGCGACCUGGCCGUUGAGCGUCUGAAUGUGUCCAACCUCAGUAACGACAUUAUGGUCCAAACAAAGCCCAGAAUUCCAAGUCCCAGUAAAAAUGACAGUAGCAGGGCCUCAGUGACAUCCACAACCAAGUCCGAGGCGCUGGAGGAAAAUGAGUUCAUAGAUGUUGUGGUCGAAGACGAAGAGGGGGAGCAGCAUGAACAAGUCUCCCUGAUAGAUGGUCAGUACAUAGAAAUGGACCAUGACAAUACGGAUGCCAUUAUUGAGGUUGUGGAAGAAGUUGCCGAUGAAAUGGAAAGCUACGCUCCCAUUGAACCCGCUUAUACAAUGAAACUGUAUGCCGUAUCCGAUGGACCGCCCUCCCUGGCCGUGCGAAUGACUUUGAAAGCCUUGGAUAUUGAAUAUCAAUUAAUCAAUGUGGACUUUUGCGCCCUAGAGCAUCGCACCGAGGACUAUGCAAAGAUGAAUCCUCAAAAGGAAAUACCCGUACUGGACGAUGAUGGUUUCUAUCUGUCGGAGAGCAUUGCCAUUAUGCAAUAUCUGUGCGACAAAUAUGCGACACCAAAUUGUACGCUUUAUCCGCAGAGCGUGAUCCACAGGGCAUUGGUCAAUCAGCGUUUGUGCUUCAACAUGGGCUUCUACUAUGCCCCCAUUUCGGCCCACAGCAUGGCACCCAUUUUCUUUGACUACGAGCGCACGCCCAUGUCCCUAAAGAAGGUGCAAAAUGCCCUGGAGGUGUUUGAAACAUAUCUGGAACGAUUGGGCUCCAAGUAUGCCGCUGGCGACGAUGUAACCAUAGCUGAUUUUGCUUUAAUCUCGGCCACCAUUUGCCUGGAGGCCAUCGAUUUCGAUUUGUCCCCAUAUCCUUUGGUCAACAAGUGGUACACAAACUUUAAGGAGGAAUACCCGCAGCUGUGGGAGAUUGCCAACAGUGGAAUGCAAGAGAUAAAUGCCUUUGAGCACAAUCCACCAGAUUUAUCAGAAAUGGACCAUCCAUUCCAUCCGACGCGCAAGACCAAGGCUUGAGAAUUAUUAAUAAUU